AGAGAGGGAGAGGGGGAGGAGAGAGAGGGAGAGGAGAGCGUGAGCGCGCGCAAGCUAGCGAGCAAACCAGAGAGACGAGAGAGGGACCAGGAGAAAGACCCAGAGAAAGAGAAGAGGAAGCCGAGCUCUGUGAGGACCCAAUCUCCAACUUGUUUCAAUUCAUUCAUCCUUCUCUUCUCUCUGCCUCGGGGAAGUGACUGUGGCGCUUGGGCUCUCACAGGUCUCUCCAAGUUGGUGCCUAAGAAGAUGAUAAUCACACAAAUGAGUCACUUCUACACAACCAGCCUUGGGCUUCUUUUCCUGAUUAAUAUUUUUCCUGUAAUAACCGGCCAAGGGGAAUCAAGACGACAAGAACCUGGAGAUUUUGUGAAGCAGGAUAUUGGCGGACUCUCUCCUAAGCACGCCCCAGAUAUUCCUGAUGACAGCACGGACAACAUCACCAUAUUCACCAGAAUUUUAGACCGUCUUCUGGAUGGCUAUGAUAACCGACUACGACCUGGGCUUGGAGAUGCAGUGACUGAAGUGAAGACGGACAUCUAUGUGACCAGUUUUGGCCCCGUGUCAGACACUGACAUGGAGUACACCAUUGAUGUAUUUUUUCGACAGACAUGGCAUGAUGAAAGACUGAAAUUUGAUGGACCCAUGAAGAUCCUUCCACUGAACAAUCUCCUGGCUAGUAAGAUCUGGACCCCUGACACCUUCUUUCACAAUGGCAAGAAAUCGGUAGCCCAUAACAUGACCACACCUAACAAGCUGCUCAGACUGGUGGACAAUGGAACCCUCCUCUACACAAUGAGGUUAACAAUUCAUGCUGAGUGCCCCAUGCAUUUGGAAGAUUUUCCUAUGGAUGUGCAUGCCUGCCCACUGAAGUUUGGAAGCUAUGCCUAUACAACAGCUGAAGUGGUUUAUUCUUGGACUCUUGGGAAGAACAAAUCUGUGGAAGUAGCACAGGAUGGCUCCCGCCUGAAUCAGUAUGACCUGCUGGGCCAUGUUGUUGGGACAGAGAUAAUCCGGUCUAGUACAGGAGAAUAUGUCGUCAUGACAACCCACUUCCAUCUCAAGCGAAAAAUUGGCUAUUUUGUGAUCCAGACCUACUUGCCAUGUAUCAUGACUGUCAUUCUGUCACAAGUGUCUUUCUGGCUCAACAGAGAGUCUGUCCCUGCCCGUACGGUCUUUGGUGUCACCACUGUUCUCACCAUGACCACCUUGAGUAUCAGUGCCAGAAACUCCUUACCUAAAGUGGCAUACGCGACGGCCAUGGAUUGGUUCAUAGCCGUCUGUUAUGCCUUUGUAUUUUCUGCGCUGAUUGAAUUUGCCACUGUUAACUACUUCACCAAGCGGAGUUGGGCUUGGGAAGGCAAGAAGGUGCCAGAGGCCCUGGAGAUGAAGAAGAAAACACCAGCAGCCCCAACAAAGAAAACCAGCACCACCUUCAACAUCGUGGGGACCACCUAUCCCAUCAAUCUGGCCAAGGACACUGAGUUCUCCACCAUCUCCAAGGGCGCUGCUCCCAGUGCCUCCUCAACCCCAACAAUUAUUGCUUCGCCCAAGACCAACUACGUGCAGGACAUCCCGACUGAGACCAAGACCUACAACAGUGUCAGCAAGGUUGACAAAAUUUCCCGCAUCAUCUUUCCUGUGCUUUUUGCCAUUUUUAAUCUGGUCUACUGGGCCACCUAUGUCAACCGGGAGUCAGCUAUCAAGGGCAUGAUCCGCAAACACUAGAUAGUGGGGAUGCAGCAACCAGAGCACUGUAUACCCUAGGAAGCAUCCAGGCACCCAAACCCCAGGGCUCCCCUUUCUGUAUUUCAGGAUUCUUCUUUUUAACUCUCUACCAAGCUGUGACUCUCAAUUCAUAUUUAUGAAUCUCAAUGAAAAAAAUAAUAACAGAAAAAUUACUUGUCCCUCUGACAUUGCUGAGUGUACCCUCAUCAGAGCCAAACACUGCCAUUUGUU